AUGCUCAGCCGAUUUUGCGAGGAGGGGGACGAGAAUAUUGUAGACUCGCUGCUGGAUAGUUUCCUACAGCAGAAAGGCGACGUUGGCAGCAUGAUCGAAGAGAUCGACCGUCGCACGGCUCUCCAAAAGAAGAGCCCCGACAAUUGGAACUUGCGCCUGGAUUUUGGCCAGAGCCUUCAGCAGCCGAACUUGGACAAGCUGGAGGAAGUGCUGCAGAGCGCCAGCGCGUUGCUCAGCGCACGAAGUUGCCGCAGUCAUUGCUCAACUGGCUCAGCGCGUGCUUUUGCGGACUCCAUGCCGACCACCGCGGGGACCGUGGAUUAUGCAACAGGAAAGCAUGGCCGGCUGUCUGACCUGGUCAUCGAAGAUGCCGAGUCGGACGUGCAGUUAUCCUCAGAAGGAGGCAUGCUUGGCGAACCCUGCAAGGCCCAGGCCAGCCAUGCGACUUUGAACCCGAAGGAGGAGCUCUUGGCCAAGAUUGCAUCGACCGACUCUCCAGAGGAGAUUCGGAACUUCAUGCGAAGCUUCCUGUUGAGUCUAAGACACAGGGUGCUCAUGAGCGCCGUCGAGCGUGACGUCGCCUCCGAGGCCAGCCUCUACACUGCAGUCGCUUCUGGGAUGGUACUCGUAGGGUGGAGGUUUGUUCUCGAGUCUUGUUCACUGCAAAUGCCGGAUCAAGCCACGGAACUUCAUGGCAUGACGGGAAUCACUGCGAGUUCUAACCAGAUUGCCUUACCGAGUGUAUUCCUGUAUUCCAUGCCCAACUACAUGCUCACCUAG